UACUUUCCCGCAGCAAUCCUGUACCAGGAAUACAGCGACGUGGCCAUCAACAGAGAGAUCCAGAGGCAGCAGGGGAAGGAGCCUGGCCCAGAGGAGGAGGGUCUCAGGGACGAGGGGUCAGACGGGAUCCCCUCUCCGUCCAAUCUGUCCCCGUCCAGCUCCUUCCGCUCCUCACAAGGCUCUGCCUUUGCACUUUGGCAGGACAUCCCCGAUGUUCGCUCCAGCGGCCAGCUCGACAACUUCAGUAACGAGGAGCGGAAAUUACAGGAAGCCAAGUUUGAGCUGGUGACAUCAGAGGCGUCGUAUAUUCGCAGCUUGACCAUUGCAGUGGACCACUUCAUGUUGUCGCAGGAGCUCGCAGAGUGUAUCGGGACUCAGAACAAGCAGUGGCUCUUCUCGAAGCUGCCUGAAGUCAAAGGCGUCAGUGAGAGGUUUCUUCAGGACCUGGAGCACAGGCUGGAGGAAGACAUUCUGCGUUUCGAUGUGUGCGACAUCGUCCUGGAUCACUGCCCGGCCCUGCGGAGGGUUUAUUUACCUUAUGUGACCAACCAGGCGUACCAGGAGCAGACGUACCAGCGUCUGCUGCACGAGAACCCUCGCUUCCCCGGGAUCCUGGCUCGUCUGGAGGAGGACCCCGUCUGCCAGAGACUUCCUCUCACCUCUUUUCUGAUCCUCCCGUUUCAGAGGAUCACACGGCUGAAAAUGCUGGUGGAGAACAUCUUAAAGAGGACGACACCGGGCUCCCGAGAUGAGGACACUGCCACGAAAGCUUUCAAUGAGCUAAAAAAGAUCAUCAAAGAAUGUAACUCCAGCGUGCAGUCGAUGAAGAGGAUGGAGGAACUGAUUCACCUCAAUAAGAAAAUCCACUUUGAGGGAAAGAUCUUCCCUCUGAUCUCUCAGUCUCGCUGGCUGGUGAAACACGGAGAGCUGCUGGAGGUGGACACGCAGAUGAUGAGUAUUUCUGGAUCAAAGCUCAAGUUGCCCACCAAGCCGGUGUACCUCCACCUGUUCAAUGACUGUCUGCUGCUGUCCAGGAGGAAGGACACGUGGAAGUUCAUGGUGUUUGUCUACGCUAAGAUAGGAGAGCUGAAAGUGAAGGAUCUCAGUCAGAAGCUGCAGGGCAUCUCAGGCUUCAUCUUCCACCUGCAGCUGUGUGAACGCCAGCAGCUCAAACACCAGAUCCUGCUCAAGUCCAACACCGAGAGCGGGAAGCAGAGAUGGAUCACAGCCAUGUUUCCAUUUGAUCCGCUGGAAGACAUCGGGCACGCCACUGAGAAUGACGAUAUAGCCCAGGUUCAGUGCAUCAAAAGCUAUCAGGCCCAGGAGCACGACGAGCUAACCCUGGAGAAGGCCGACAUUCUUCACGCUAAGACCAUUACAAGUGAUGGCUGGGUGGAGGGCAUCAGACUGUCUGACGGGGAGAGGGGCUGGUUCCCCAAAACCUACGUGGAGGAAAUCACGAGUCGCAGCGCUCGCCUCCGCAACCUCCGGGAAAAUAUCCGCAUUAAAUGUGUCACGCAGAAACUGAAGGGGGGCGACUGACGCUUCUACUGCAGCUUGUCGAAGGUGCAUUUCACUUGCUGAGUUGCACUUAAAGUUACACAAAACUCCAAAUGCUUUCUCCUCAAGUCCUACACUUUGGGCUUGAUGUAUCCUUAGCUAAGGGACUUGCUUAAGAGUAGUGCACAGAAUCUUAAAGGUUUUCUUAAGGCAUUUUUUGCAUGAAAAGUGAUGUUACCAUAAUGAAAGACUUAUAAUUAGUGAUAUCUGCAUCUUCUCACCAAUUUGGCCUCUUGAUUGUGUUUUUUACUGUUGCUCAAGAAAAAAAGAAGACGAGAACUCCAAAUUAGUCAGAGAAGUAAAACAUUAUACUUAUGGAGGAAUACAAAUAACUGAAAACAACAAAUGUGGGAGGAAGUUGUGGAUGGAUGUGGGACCGAAAAUAUGUUGAGUACGCAGGUGCUUAAACCUCCAACACUUUUUACGUUGUGAGAACAUUUUCACAUGCUGGAUGAAAGUGGAAAUUAAAAAGCUUUUGAUGCCCUUGUCCAUUUUUAGAUUAAAAUGUUUUUAUACAAUGACUUUGUAGACAAACGUUUCCACCAGGACAGUUCUAACAUUUCUGCCACUCAAUCACUUUAUGACUGUUUUCUAUGAAUGCAUCCAUCACCAUUUCAAAAGCCUGAGAAACAUGCACAUUUACCGGCACAGGAAAUACAUGUUAUCAUUCUUUGGUUGAUGUCAGAGUUAGUUUUUAUCCUGUCAUGUCUCAUAUGGACAGAUUCCCUUUUAAGCAGUCCACGUAUUCAACAAACAUGUGCCCUAGUUACUGAAAUAAAUAAAAGCCUGGUGCAAAAGUUUAUUAAUUCCACGUGUUAAAUGUUGGACUGUUAAAACAUGUUUGCCCCUUAUUAAGAGAACGACUCCCUCCCCUUAGGCACUAUCAAUGUCUGUCUAGUAACUGUUUUUUAAGACUGCAUGAACUCUGAUGGUUGUCUAAUAAGGCAGCUGCAGAAUGAUGGUUUACUUUACAUUUUUCUAAUGAUUUCACAAUUCUUUGAAAAACAAAUGAAGGACAGACUUUCCUCUAAACAAGCCUGCAUCACACAACUUCUGUUGUUCCUAAUCUGACUAAAGGAUUACACUGUCUAUAUUCUGUAUUUUUAUUAUUGUCAAGAAAUCCCACGAACUGAUCGAAAGAACAACAAUGUACUUAUCUUUCUGACAGGUAUUAUUAGUGUGGCUACUUCCUGAUAUCUUCCUGUGUGCCAUAAAGCUCCAUAGUUUUCCAAAAACUAUUAGAAACACAAACUUGAUCACACUAGUACAGUAUGUGACAUCAUUACCAUGAACACACACUGGAAUGUACCCCAAAUGUACCACUCUACUGAUUCUAGAUCACUGUAUUCCUCCACCGCUAGAAAUAGUCCAUAACUAAUGCACUACUUACUUUAGUUUCAGUAAAAUGUGUUGAAAACUAGAGUGACCAGCUGUUUAAGUGAAUAAUUAAGCCUUUGUAAUAUUGAAAUUAUAUAUAGAGUGGUGCAAGAAAACGAGUUAGCAUUUUAGCACUUUGGGGUUUCCUUAUCUCUAUU